CGGAAGCUAACAGCUAACGGCUAACUCCUGUUCUGUCUCGGUUCUGUUCAAGCGGCUCUGCCUUUCUGACCUUAUUUCUGCGGCGCUGACUCUUGUGUUCGCUUGACCCGGCCGUCGGACUGCGGCUGCUGAGCGGCCCGCUGGCGGACCCGGUCACUCCGUCACCUUGGCCGUGGUCCUUCCUCUCCUCCUCCUCUUCGGGUCACACUGGCCCCCUCCUCCCUAGAUGAAGAUGUCCCUGGCCCAGCGGGUGCUCCUCUCCUGGAUCUUCGCCCUGAUCUUCCUCAUCAUGCUGGUCCUCAAGCUGGACUCCAAGAUCACCUGGAACUGGUUCCUCAUCUUCCUCCCCGUCUGGACCUUUGACACCAUCCUCAUCCUCAUGCUGAUCGUGAAGAUGGCGGGCCGCUGCAAGCCGGACUUUGACCCUCGGGAUGGGGAGCAGAGCCUGAAGAGGAGGCUGUGGUACCUGGCGGCCCUGCUGCUGAAGCUGGCCUUCUGUCUGACUCUGUGCUCCCGCCUGGAGAGGCUCACCGACAUGUGGCUCAGUGUGGUGUGUGUCCCCCUGUGGGCGCUGCUGGGGGGCGCGCUGGUGGAGCUGGGACACAGUGUUUUCCACUACAGGAGGGACUGAACCGGCAGGGCUCCUUCAGCAUCUUCAGCAGAGGAUGCAUGACAGAAAGACAGCGCUUACUGCUAUUAUAAGAUGUACCUUUUCUUAGUUCCACAUCAAGACUUUGGUGGGAGCAGAUGUGACUGAGGCUUCACCUGUUUUACAGGUCAGGAUUUAACAGCAGCACUGUGAGAAGAGACGAUGAGGCAGCGCAAAACCUUCUAACUUACAACAGUCAACACUAUUUGCUGUCAUCACAAUAUUUCCAGCCCUGGCUCAGUUUUUUGUGUGUCUGCCUUUUGACCGGGUGGUACAGGAAGAAUGUUUCUGACUGGGACCGUCUGGUUGAGACAGCCUCACUGCGCAUGUUUUCUCCCACAGUCCACAGACACAUCUCUGAGCUCAGGUGCCUGUAGGUGUGAUUGUUACCUCCACGUUUCCCCUGUGAUUUAGUCGCAUCCUGUCUGUGGUGCACCCUGCCUUUCACCCAGUGUCCGCUGGGAAGAUCCUAAGAUGAGUAAUGAGAGUACAGAUGAGGAGGUAUUUGGCUUGUCUUCCCUCAACUGCAGAGUUCCAGAUUGAUCCUGCUGGAUGAGACGACGUACAAAAUGAGCACUGGCUCCUUCAGAUGAUGCUUUUCAUUUUUCUGCUGCAGCUUUCAGAUUUAUUUUAAAUCAGUGAAGCGCUAAACUUUGAUUUGCAAAGGAAAAUUGUUCUUUUAGGCUGCUCUGGUAUGGUGGCUUUUACCAAAACAUUCAUUGCUUUUCUAUAGUUUCAUGCUAAGAAACAAUUUUAAGUAAUGUAUGUCCACAAUAAAGAGUAUUUAGCUAAUGAAUGAAAAGCACCCAGCGAUGAUAGUUGAGAAUACUGACUUGUUCUUUCAAAAGCCUCCAGAUGCGAGGAACUGGAUGCAAGGAAUGGUUAUUUUUAUAGUUGUUGUUGUUGAACCAACAUCAGUCCUGAGAUGAGGCCCAUCCUGCCUCUCACCUGCGGUCGGACAGCUUUACACUGGAUAGAGCGGGUACAGGAAGCAGAUGGAUGAAUGAAAACAUAUUUCAGGUGGACAGUUGGUUUUUUUUCCCCCCACUCCUCGAAUGACAAAUCAGAGCCCACUGAAGCGUCUGUGAUGGAGCUCACUGUGUUGCUCUUCACUAGUUUCCCAGAGUUGAUCUCUUAUUUGUCUCUAUUUACACAUGAAUGUAAAUUCAAAGCUUAAACUUUGCACUUUAAAACUGUAGCUGACGUCCGUGUGAAUGCAAAAGAGCACCAAAUGGAACACCAAAACUGUUAAUAACCGGUGUGAGGCGGUAUCGUGUCAGGUGUUUGAGCUUGAAGUUGUCAUCACUGUCAAACUCACCUUCAUCACGUCAUUGUUCCAGACACUUUAGUCCAAAGAGACGUCGCCUGACUGUAUUCAGAUGUACUGCCUCACUGCAGGGGGGCACACACUUAUCAAUAAAGC